AUGAAGGAAUAUCGUAAAAGUUGGAAUUAAGAAGUAAUUAUUAUAAAUAAGUUGUAGGAAGAUUAAUAGCUGUAAGAAUUAUAUAAGGUUUAUGGUGACAAAUGGAAAAAGAUCGCUGAGUUACUGCACUUACAUUAGAAAUCAUAGGGAAAGAUUAGAACUGCAGCAGCUUGUAGAGAGAGGUAUCAAAAUAUUCUAAAACCUUCUUUAAAUAAAAAUCUAUGGACAAGAGAUGAAGAGGAAAAAUUAUUUUUAUUAUAAAAGCAAUAUGGGAAUUGCUGGACUAAAAUUACAGUAAAGAUGAGAAAUCGAUCAGAACUAAUAUGCAAAAAUUAUUUUUAUGCAACUAUCAGGAGAGUAUUGAGAAGAUUGAGCAAGUAAGUUGGCAUCUUAAAACGUAAUAAAAUUAUUUUGUAAUUUAGCUUCACAAAUGUUAAAAUCUAUAAAGUCUAGUGUUUUAAUGAGUAUAUAUUUAGAAAAUAGUUAAGAAACAUAAUUGGUUUUUAGUUAAGAAGUACGUCUUAAAUUAAAGUAAUUGAUAACAAAAUAUUAAUUUAUUCAAAAAGAAGAAAAUAUCACAUUAGAUAAUGAGGAAAUUAAAAAUAUUCGAUAAUUGAUUAGAGAAUUAGUUGAUGCUAAGUAUAGAUUAAUAUAUAAAUUAGUAAUUAGUAUUUAAAGUUUAAAGGACAGUUUCAAAUAUCAAAAAAAAAUAAACUGAAUAUUUUGAGUAAUAAUAAUAAGUUGGAAAAAUUAGAAUUAAAAAUUAUAAAAAGAAUUAGAUUAUAGAAAAAUAUAUUUGUAAUAAAAUAACGAAAUUCUUAAAAUCAAAUACAAAUAAAUGAAUAAAAUCUUAAGAAUAGCUCAAAUAAUGAAAAUAAGAAUUUUUCAUAAUUAAUAGCAAUUUAGAAUUCUAAAAUUCCUGAAAGUUAAUUUUAAACAUAGGAAUACUUUAAUCCAUAAUAAACUUAAGCUUAUUUCCAAAACUAUCUGGCUUAUUCUGAAUAUAUUCCAUUAUAUUAGUAAUAAUAUGGAAAUUUCUUUGAUCCCACCUUGUAUUUUUAUAAUCAAUACAGUCCUUAUCUAUUUUAAAUGUAAUAGAGAAUUUGA